AUGCCAGUUGUUAGCUACAGUCCUAUGGAACAUCUUCAAAUGGAUCUUGUAGACUUUACAUUUCUUUGGGCUAUUCUGCUUAAAACUAAAGAAACUGUGAUCGUUGGGGAUGCCUUGGUUUCUUUAUUUGCUCAAUGGGAUGCGUCAUCAAUCCUUCAAUCUGAUAAUGACAAGGAAUUCGUUUCCAAUAUUAUUAAAAAUAUUUGCAUGGCUCUUGGGAUUACAAUUCAACAUGGUCGUCCACGAUAUCCACAAUCACAAGGUCAAAUAGAGCAAUUAAAUCAGACAAUCGGACGUGAAUUUACAAAAAUGAUGUGGGAUGAAGAAAAUCAACUUCAAAAUGUCAAUUGGAAAGAUAACCUGCAAAAAUUUAUUUUCUCUUAUAAUACCACACGACAUAGUGCUCACAAUAAAACUCCCCGUGAA